GAUCAAAAAUGGCGGCGGUAAUCUGAAGGUCGGUUAUUUACAAUGUCUCAGCAGCGAAUUAUCAUCUGAAAACGCGAUCAUCGUGAAGUGAUGAAUCAUUCAAACUCAACAACUGGUUACAGAUCCUCAAGGCCCACGUUAUGUCGUUAUUACAAUACAAAUGGAUAUUGUUUCUACGGCGAUCAGUGCCAGUUUGUUCAUGCGAGGCCUUCUUCCAACGAAGGUCGAAUGGGGCCUGCCAAUAACGGACAUGUUAUAAAUAAUGGUCCAAUGAUGAAUAACGGACCUGUUGGUCCCAAGGGGCUCAGAAGUGGAGGGUUCAAAAGCAACACAACUGGUCUGCAUGACAACUUUGUUGGCAACAUGGCACAGUUGUCGAUUUCAACAAACAAGAUGCCUGCAGGUUCCCUUGGUGGGCACCUCUCUCCUCUUUCCCCAUCAAAGAAGGCAUUUACCUCAUCCCUGGCACCUGGAGGUCCUGUGUCACCACUGCAUUCUCCUAGCAAGCCACCACUUGGAUCACCAAAGGCACACCACAAUCCAAUCACGUCACAAGCAUUUGAAUUUUUACCAUCUGCUGCAAACCAAAAUCUCCCCCAGCCACAAAUACACAACCAGGCACAUGUUCCAGCUCCACAGCAGAUGGAAUCCAUUGGUGGAACAACCUACUUUUACACUCAACAAGGACAACAGCAGCCUGCUGUGCUUUUCCCAUCGUACCAGGCAUAUGUGUCAGAGCCUUCUCACCUUGCACAUCUUCAUAGCACUCAAACACGGAACAAUUCUUUCUCCAUGUCAACUCAAAUUCGACAGGAACUCAUUCACCAACAUACACUAAGUAUGGCACAGCUUGACCCAGAUGAUAACACUGUGCCACAGGAGGUUGACAGUUACCACACCCUGUGUCCAAUAGAACCCUUGGAUACCCCAACUGAGCAGGCGCAAAGGACGUUUGGUUAUAUGACUACCUGCUACAAAGCCGCAAAUUCUAAAGAUGGACUUAUUUACAUACUUAGAAGAAUACAUUCUUUUCGACUUGUAAAUACCAAGUCCAUGGCUCUUGUGGAUCAGUGGAAGAAAGUCAGCCACUCAAAUCUCGUCAGUCUCAGAGAAGUGUUUACAACAAAGUCUUUUGGAGAUAAUUCUCUCGUCUUCGUGUACGACUAUCAUCCUGGAGCCGAAACACUCCUUAUGAGGCAUUUUUCGGGUCCAGACUCCAAUCUCCCCGUGAACCCCGAUGGUACAUUAGUAUUUCCCUCACAUCCUCGUGCCGGCGGAAUGUUAAACAGACACCGGCCAGGUCACCGCAGUCCCAUGCCUGAACGGUUGAUUUGGAGUUACAUUAUUCAGUUGUCGUCUGCACUGAGAUCUGUUCAUGCAUCUGGACUGGCCUGUAGAGUCAUUGAUCCUUCCAAGAUUUUAUUAAUCGGAAAUUCAAGAUUAAGAAUAAAUGGUUGUGGGAUAUUCGAUGUUCUCAGUUUUGAUGCAAGUAACAGCCCGAAUGCUAUGAUUCCACAUUUCCAGCAAGAGGAUCUUACUUCCCUUGGUAAACUAGUCCUUGCCUUGGCGUGUUACUCUCUUCAAGCUGUGCAACGUGAACAUAUUCAACAGUCGUUGGAGUACAUGGCCAUGAACUACUCCUCAGAUCUUAAAAACCUUAUUAUCUAUCUUCUGGGCAGUCCUAUCGCAGCUCACAUGAAGAGCGUGAAUGACAUUAUGCCGAUGAUCGGAGCCAGAUUUUACACACAAUUAGACGCUGCGCAAGUCAAGUGCGAUGUUUUAGAGGGCGAGCUGGCUAAGGAAAUGGAGAACGGGCGCCUUUUCAGAAUCCUCUGCAAGAUUGGAAUCAUCAAUGAACGACCAGAAUUCACUAUGGAUCCAAGUUGGUCGGAGACUGGUGACCGAUAUCUUUUGAAGCUGUUUAGAGACUACUUGUUCCACCAAGUCACUGAAAAUGGUGCACCAUGGGUAGACUUGGCUCAUAUAGUUGCCUGUCUGAACAAGCUAGAAGCAGGGACAAACGAGAAAGUUUGCCUUAUGUCACGAGACGAACAGUCUGUGUUGGUGGUUUCAUAUCGUGAUCUGAAGCAGUGCUUCGAAGGCGCUUUCGGUGAAAUAAUCUCCGCUUCUCUGGCGUAAACACACCCCUAAUUUAAUCACAGAAACAAAGUGGUAGGUUUCUUAAUGGAAAAAAAAA